CAGAAUAUUUCUUGAACAGGUACCACCUACCUUAGGUACCUACGUACUUAUCUACCCACCUAGCCGCGCAAGCCACAGGCGUCUAAGCCACCGCCGCGCGGUCGGACAUUAGCUUAGGUAAGUUCUGCCCCGCGCUUGCUCGCGUCUCCCUCGUGGAAAUCUGUCAGCCUCGCGCACAACCCACCAGCGUAACCCCACUUGCGCCGGCAGGGUGAAAAUUCCAAGUCUCGGAGACCCAAUUCGAUGAAGAGUAGAGGAGUUUGAAGAUCACCAAAAAAUCGAAUCCUCUGCUCAGACGGCCGACCGACCUAGCCAGCAACGACGCCAGGCCACGGUGCGAUUCGUUUCUUUCCCAGGCCAACUCCAAGGCGAGCAAAACGUAAUCAUGGCCGUCGACACCGAGUCCUUCCUGCAUCUGUCGCGGCCGCUGGCGCCGACGCACCUCAACUUCCAGAGCAACAUUGCCCCGCUGUCUGUCAAUAUACAACCCCAGGCCAUCCUCACGAUCCUUGACCAUGCCACCCGGCGCGAUAUCCGCCCCAACCAACCAUCCGCAACGGCAAAUGCCAACACCGCCGCCUCUUCUUCCGCAGCUGCCCCCGCGGCCCCCUCAAACUCGUCGCGCGUAAUUGGCGCCCUCGUCGGCAGUCGCUCCGAGGACGGCUCCGACGUCAGCGUCUCGUCCGCAUUCGCCAUCCCCCACACCGAGAACGAGGACCAGGUCGAAGUCGACGUCGAGUAUCAGAAGAAUAUGCUGUCCCUACACCUGCGCGCCCACCCCCGCGAGGUGCUGCUUGGCUGGUACACCACCUCCCACGAGCUCAAUAGCUUCAGUGCCCUCAUCCAGAACUUUUUCGCUAGCCCCGAAACCGGUACCUUUCCCCACCCGGCCGUUCACCUGACUGUCUCCGCCGAGCCCGGCGCCGACGUACGCCUCAAAGCCUACAUCUCCGCCCCCGUCGCCGUCAACGCGGAACGCGCCUCCGAGAGCUGCCUUUUCAUCCAGGUGCCCCACCGCCUAGCCUAUAACGACGCCGAGCGCUCUGCCCUCGAUCUUAUUUCCUCUGCCCGCGACGCCGGGGGGCGCGCUGCCCCUGUCACGUCCGAUGUUGAGGCCUUAACGCGUAGCCUGGAGCACACCCUGGGCCUGCUCGAGCGCGUUUCCGACUACGUCGGCGCCGUCAUAGACGAGGAGCGCGAGCCCAACAACGCCCUUGGCCAGUACCUCAUGGGCGCCCUCUCCCUAGCUCCGAAGGUUGAUCCAGCCGGCAUCGAGUCAGAUUUCAACAACCACAUUCAGGACGUGCUCAUGGUCAGCUACCUCGCUAACAGCAUCCGCACUCAAAUCGACCUCAGCCAGCGCCUCGCCACCGCCACCCUUGCCGCUGACGAAAAACCCGAUCGCGACGGUGCCGAAGGCGGUAAGGGUGAGGCCGGUGGUAAGAACGACCGCGGCGAGCGGGGCCAGCGCGGCGGCAAGCGGGGCGGUCGCGGUGGCAGGGGGGGCGCCGGCGGGCCGAGGGAGCCACGAGAGCCCCGCGAAAACGCCGACUAAAGCACGCUUGCUCCGAUCCCGUAGCGCGGCGCAAUUCAUAGCGGCAGCGGACCGGAGCUGCUGUGCGUUUCGUGUGCUACGAUAUAGAAUGGCGCCUUAUACCGUGGCAUGGUAUGGUAGCACAAGGUAGGGCAGAGUGCAGCAUGCACAGUAUCAUAUCGCCCCGGGGUAGGAUAUGUACGGAAAUCUUCCUAACAUAAGAGAAAAAAGGGGCCCUGAUUGAGAGGCGAAGGAAGAAAAUAGGGAAACGCAAUACGAUAAAAUAAAGAGGGGGGUUUUUUUUAUUGACAGACCUCAACGCCCACAGUAAAUUCGGA